AUGUUUCGUAACGCACUCUCGUGCUUCGUGGCACAGCUGGAGCUGACGCGCUUAACAGAAACAUUGCCUGACAAUAUUGACUACACGGAGCUGAUGGAGAUGGUUCAGCAGAGGUUGCAAGGCGCCCCUGGGAAGACGCUGGGUGUGUUUGAGCUCCUCCAGGCAAAGGAGGUUCAUCUUCCCGAUCCCGACAAUCCAAGCUAUGCCGUCGCGUCCAUGUCCGCGCCCCUCACCGUGUUCCUCUUUGACAUUGAAGGCACGACCACCCCACUUCCUUUUGUGCGGAAAGUCAUGAUGCCCAUUGCGGAAUCCCGCGUCGAGGCCUACAUGGCGACGCACUUCCCUGCAGAUCAGGCGUUUGUGGACCGCCUCACUGCAGCUAGCGCGCCGCAGUCUUCCCCACUUGCAAAGGCGACGAUGGCCUACUCGAAGGCAUUUACGGACGCCCUUGCGACGAGUGGGGCGCGCGACUGGAAAGAUGAAGCGGCGAACGAAGUGACGCGCAGUGAAUUCUGCGCGCUUUUUCACAGCGAGAUAGAGAGAGGCUCCGAUCACGCCGCGGUGAAGGUGGUCCAGGCCGCCAUCUGGGCGGAGGUGUUUGCAGAGGGAAAGCUGCAGUCGCAGGUGUUUCCGGAUGUGAAUACGUUUUUCCGCUUCGCCGGCGGCCCAGCCAUGACCGAGAGGGUGCGCAUCGCACUCUACAGCUCGGGCAGCAUCGAAGCCCAGAAGCUCAUCAUGGCCAAUACACCGUAUGGCGAUUUGAACCCGUUCAUUACGGCGUAUUUCGACCCCUUGCUUGUCGGCACGAAGCUGAUGCCGAAGAGCUACAUGAAAAUCCGCACACUUCUGGCGGAGAAGCUGGAUAUACCGCCGGAGAGCAUGCAGAUCGUCUUCGUGACGGAUAACACUAGCGAGGCCUCCGCGGCCGAGACGUCUGGGGCAGUGGAAAGCUCCAUCCUGUGCGUACGCCCGCUGAACGACUGGAUCACGUUUGAUACCAUGCUUUCGAUUAACGUGCCGUACAUCAUGUCCUUUACGCAGCUCAUGCAGUGCAACUGUGUGGUGGACAUGAAGAAGCUGGUCAACGACGCAAAAGAGUGCAUGAAGGAGCACAGUACAUCCUGA